GGAGCAGAGAAAGACUGUACGGAGACUGAGAUUCACAACCACAAGGAUGAAGAAGAUUGCAGUCCUGUUUGUUGCGCUCAGCUGCAGUCUAUGUGACGUUCAGGUUAAUGAAAACAAAUCCAGCUGCUGUGAAAUCUAUUCCCUCACUUCCAUAACCCACCUGGGAGCAGUGGAAGAGAAAAUCACAAACAUGGCAGAAAAAAUAACACUCCUGGAGGCCAAGUUGCAAAACACUGAAAAAGAAGUCCUGGAGCUGCGGAGCCAUACUAGAGGCACACCUCAGGUGGCCUUUUCUGUAGCUCUCAGGGAUUCUGGCUCUGGAGACAUUGGACCUUUCAAUACUGCUAUCGCUCUGCAGUACAAGAGGGUCUUCUCAAACACUGGCAGUUGCUACAAUCCUUCAACAGGCAUUUUCACAGCAAUGGUCAAAGGAAUGUACUUCUUUCGAUUCUCAAUGUUCAACAACUUAAGUCCUGUUCCCAACUCUGUUGUAAGCCUCAUGAAGAACGGUCAACGGCUGGUCUCUGUCUGGGACACCUCAGGUUCUGACAUCAACGACAUGGGCAGCAAUGCUGUGGUCAUCCCCCUCGAGCUGGGAGAUAACGUGUAUGUAGAGCUCCAGGCAAACAGGAUUGUCUAUGAUGAUAGCAUGAACUACAACACCUUCAGUGGUUUUCUGCUCUUCACUGUGUAAUUUAAACAACGUGAUUUCAGGUCUGCAUGGCUCUUCAUGGUUUUACUGUAGAGGAAAUAUCUCUGUUCAUACUGCUGAGUGGUAGCCCGGAAAGUGGAAUCUGUGACACCAUCUGCUUUGUAUGUAUUUAGCUGAACAAACAGCAAAUUUGGAGAGGUUCAUUUUUUGAGAUGGGUUACUGUAUUAGUCACGUCUGGGUAUCAAAUAAAUAUCAAGUUUCAA